AUGGAUAAAUACACUUACCCACAGCCCCUAUAUCUUCUGCUCUUUGCCAUUGCCAUCUUUGAAGCUUCCCUUUUCUGUCUACCGCCGCGUUCCCUCUACCGCGCCGCAACUAUCGCUCUGCUCGCGGCCGUGACCUACAGCUUCCAGCUCAGCCUCCUGGAAUACUUCGCAAAUCGUGCCUUUUUAAGUCUCGCCUUGGGCGCAACCUGGACUACAUUCUUAAACGCGUUCGAGAUCCUUAUCGUGUCAAAUGUCAGCCCUCAAGACCCCGGCCUUCACUUGGCCAACCCUGGAAACCCAACCUCUCAGGCAUUUCGGGCAGCUACAUUACCAUUCCACUGGCGGCGCAUCGGAACCAAGUGGCAGGUCAAGGCCCCAGCCUCGACGGAAGAUGGCUCCAUAACCGGGCGCGUGCGUUUCCUUUUCAAAACACUGGGCGUUCUAACCGUCUGCUAUCUCGUCAUUGACCUCUGCGCCGCCGGCCCUCCGCCAGACCCAAGUAUGAUUGCGAGAGAGAAGCAAACCAUCUCGUAUCUGUUUGCUUCAAACUCAGAAGACGUCGGGUUUCGGGUGGUAACCACCAUCGUCUUCCUCAUCAACGCAGCUCUUGGCGUGAUCGGAGUCCACAGCCUUCUAGCAAUUGUUGCCGUCCUCUGCGGUGACCAGCCACAGAACUGGCCUCACAUCUGGCAGGGCUGGCCGAGUCAAGCGUAUUCCGUGAGGAGAUUCUGGGGCAAUUACUAUCACCAAGGUCUGCGCAAGGCGCUCAGUGGACCGGCUGACUGGAUCAUUGAUCUGGUUCUCCCCCGUGGUAACCUGAUCUCGCGCUAUUCGAGACUCACUCUGGCAUUCUUUUUAUCCGCAUUGCUGCACCACCAGGCUGAGAGAUCUGAAACUGGACAAUUGAUCUUCUUCAGCAGUCAGGCACUUGGCAUCAUGUUGGAAGACACAGUCUACAAGCUGUAUAGUUUCAGCCCCAUACAGCUCCCUCGACGCAUCGAGCACGCCUUGGGUUAUCUUUGGGUGCUAGUAUGGCUGCUGUGCCUCGUACCGUACUGGUCUUAUUCCACAAUGCGCGUAAUUGACGACCCUGUGAGGGAUCAGGCAACCUUUGAGAUCUUCAAAAAGGUCUUACCCAAGUAA